GGCAGGCAGCCGACCUGAGGCCCGGGGGCACCGUGGACCCCUAUGCCCGGCUCAGGGUCUCCACCCAGGCUGGGCACAGGCACGAGACAAAGGUGCACCGAGGCACGCUCUGCCCCGUGUUUGAUGAGACCUGCUGCUUCCACGUGAGUCAGGGCUGGGCGGCUGGGCGGCUGGGGGCGCUAGGCUGGGGCAGAGGGCCUGGCUGACACCGCUGCCUCAGGUCCCGCAGGCGGAGCUGCCAAGGGCCACCCUGCAGGUGCAGCUUUUCCACUUCAGGCGCUUCUCGGGGCACGAGCCCCUGGGUGAGCUCCGCCUGCCACUGGGCACCGUGGAUCUGCAGCAUGUUCUGGAGCACUGGUACCCCCUGGGCCCACCGGCUGCCACUGAGCCCGAGCAGGUGGGGGAGCUGUGAUGCUCCCUCCGGUACGUGCCCGGCUCAGGCCGUCUAACCGUGGUGGUGCUGGAAGCCCGAGGCCUGCGUCCAGGACUGGCAGAGCCCUACGUGAAGGUCCAGCUCAUGCUGAACCAGAGGAAGUGGAAGAAGAGGAAGACAGUUGGCAAAAAGGGCACAGCUGCCCCCUACUUCAACGAGGCCUUCACCUUCCUGGUGCCCUUCAGCCAGGUCCAGAAUGUGGACCUGGUGCUGACCAUCUGGGACCGUGGCCCGCAGCUCCGGGCCGAGGCCGUGGGCAAGGUGCAUCUGGGUGCCCGGGCCUCGGGGCAGCCCCUGCAGCACUGGGCGGACAUGCUGGCCCACGCCCGGCAGCCCGUCGUCCAGUGGCACCCCCUGCGGCCAGUCAUGGAGGUGGACCAAGCGCUGGCUCUGCAGCCCCGCCUGCGCCUGCCCCUGCCCCGCUUGGGAACACACCAUGGGCCUGGGUCUCCCCGCUGAGCCCGGCCACUUGCCCAGGCUGCCCUGCAGGACCACUGCAAUAAACGCCUUCUCCUGCCACUGUGUGUCCAGCUGGAGCCCCAGGGGACGCAGACACAGGGCCCGGCUCCACUCACCAGGGUCCCCCACAAGGACGGGGGAGGGGCUCCUCUCCAGGCUCAGCCAGGCCCUGAGGCCUCUGACCCAGCCCUGCUGGACCUCCGGGUAGGGGCAGAGCCAGGCACCAGUGUCCUCAGGCCCCUUACAAGAACCGCAGAGGCGUCUCCAGCACGUCACCGAGCCCUAAAUAGAGCCGCCCAGCCGCGGUGCCCCAUCAAGACUUCUUGGACUGGGUGGCAGCACGCGGCCAGGCCAGGAGGCCGGACAGGUGGGGAGGUCUCUGUGGCUUCCUCGCCCCCAUUGGUCUGAGGAGGACUCCAUGCCCUUUCUGAGCAGGGGCCCAGCCUGGGGGAGGCCAUUUAUACCCCUCCCCCUGGGCCCACCAUCCCAACUCGCCACCACCGGCCUGACCUCACGCCCAGCCCUGCUGCCCAGACUCUAGGUGAGGCCCAGCCUGGCCUGCCGAGGCUGGGGGACAGGGCAUGGCUUGAGCUAGCUUGAGGGAGGACUCCCUGAGGCAGGGGUCUGGGGGUCGAGGGUGCCACCAGCAGCCCCCUUUGGGGGCCUCCGCAGACCGGGGAAUGACAGGGAGAGGCUUGGGGAGGCAGCUCUGGCUGGAGGCAGGUCUUAGACAGGCCCCGACGACCAGGCUUCACCUCUGGGGACCCUGGAAGGAGAGUUUUGGAGUCAAGAAACCCCCGAACCUGAGCCCCCGGGCCACACUGAGGAGCCAAAGAUGGAGGGUUAAAAAUAACAGCGUCACUCAGGCGGCCACCUGCGCUGGCCCGUCCCCCACCCUCAGGGACAGCUGCAGCUCCUCAGGCUAUGCCUGGGACAUUUUGGGAACACUUUCUCCUCUUACUUCUCACCCUGGGGAAUUCCAAGACGUUGUCCUUGAAGGGGGUCACAGCUCCAAGCUCAGGACCUCAGGAUGGGAGAGUAAGUGUACCCCCACACAGUGCCCCUGCCGCCUCCCGCCCCGUCCACCCCAUCACGAAUCCCACCCUGACGGCCAUGGCCCUAACCUCUCUCUUCUCUCCCUGCCCGGCCUGUGUUCUCCCUCCCUGGACAGUGAGGAGGUAAGUACUUGCUGGGGGCACAAAGCAUGGUGGGAAGGGGCUCCCCCACUCAGGAUAGGUCACACGUUGCAGCCUCAAGGCCCUGAGACUCAGGGAAGAUGGCCCCUGCCCUCCCUGCUGGCAAAAAGUGCCCCACCCACCCACCAAGAGAGGAAGUGGCUGCGCCGUGCCUUCUGGCCAGGGCAAGUGUGGCUGUGGCCUGGUCACAGGGAAUCACUUCUUCUUUCUGAUUCCUGCACUUCCCGCCCCAACCUUGCCAGCCAACCUGCCCCAGACCGGCCCUGUGGCCUGACUCCUCUCCCCCAGCCCCUGCCCCCCAGCACUAUGUGCCACCUGGGCAAAGUGUCAUGCACCACACAGCGCCCUGUCCCAGAGCGAGGUCUGGGCCCGGGGAGGCUGGGCCUCCCCAUCAUGGUCUCGGGAGCCCCCAGGCUCCGCUGGUCCCUGGGCAGGAGCCCCCGACCUGGCCAGGGAGUGUGGAACGGGGUCGGGGGGGUCCAGGCCCGGAAGUCCUGACUCUGUCCCCUGUCCCUG